AUGGAUCAUGAUCGUCGCAAAAAGGAGGUCAGUCACGGCAUGUCCGAUUUCAAGUCCCGUUAUUCAGUAAAUGGAAGGGAUAAAGCUGCCCAGUGUAUUAAACCCUUGGAUAAUUAUAUUGGAUGGGAAAGUGAAGAAAUGGAAGAUGGGCCCGAACGUUUACGAAGUCGAGAAUCCGAUUUGACUAAGGAAGAAAGGAUGGUGUUGGAUAUGGAGUUGUCUCCUCAUGGACCAGGGUUAGAUGUGUUAAAUGUCUCAGAUACAAAAGACAUACAUCGACGCAAGAGUGACGUGCGUCCGUUACCUAAAGCUGCUUCAACACUGUUAACAAAACAACCGAGAAGAAAAAGCACUAGCGAAGUCACGAUAGAACAUCAUUAUUGCAGGAAUAACAGUAACCUUCAACCUUCCUUGGCCGCGUGGAGAAAUAACGAGAACGCAGCAAAGUCUAAGCAUGCAGGUUUGAUCGGAGAUUCAGAGACACACACGGUUCCACAUUUGCCUCAUUUGAGUAGAAGGGACACAUUUCAGUUGUCAAAUCAGCCCGAGCCAGUGAAUCGUGAAGAGUCAAUAAACAUUAGACUAAACAAUGAUCACCGAAGAUAUGGUGCCUACACAGAAAAUGUGAUGGGGAAAAAGGGUUUAGAUAAUCAGAAUUUCACAAAUAGACAGCACCUUCCUGUACACAGCAAAUUAACUAGGGGAAGAAGUUUCUCAGAUAGCGAUUUGGAGGAUUCAUUUAUCACUGAAGAGCAGAAAGAAGAACUUGAACGUUUAAAACAACACAUUUAUGAAACUAAUUCAAGGAGAAAAUGCAGCAAAAAAAUCAACGGAAAGAAAUCUGAUCUGUCAUCUAACGGUUGUACUGGUAAACAUUCGACCACGGAAGGAAUUAUUUUUCCUGUUCUGACAGAGAAGUCACUCAAGCGUCACUCUAAAAGUCACGAAAUGGUAAACUGGAGCACUGCUCCGAGAUCACUUGUUUUGUUGACGAAUGGAAUGGAUACGAAAAAACCUAUUUCUAGUAAGGCAAGAGCCUCUUUCACUAAAGACCCAAACUUACAUGUUGAUUCAGCUGAUUAUAUGAUAGAAACAGACUUUUAUGAAAGUGGAACUUUAAUGAACGGUGAAUCAAACGAAUUAUCUAUCAUGCCAUCAGCAACAGCACAUUCAUCAGAGAAUCUUAAAAAACAGGAUUUAACAAACAGGUUAUACUUCCCAACUCCACCGACAAGCGAGGAUGGUGAUUUCUCCGAUUCUUUUCCUGGAGUCAGAGACCGGUUACGAGCACGAUCCGAACCUGGUGACGUCGGCAGUCGACGAACCUUUCCGACUUUUAAGCAGUUUCAAAGUCGAGAGAGGUCAGAAAGCGAUGCCUUAAAAGCGAAAGUUCAAUCGUUCAUAGAAAAACCACUUCCAAACCUUCCUCACUCGACACUACGGGUGAAAAGGUCUUCGAAUGAAGCAAAUGCUAAAUCAGGCCAUUUUAAAACGGGAAGUGGCGCAAACAUUGCCCAAGAACCUCGACGCAGAAAAGAAGGUGUUAUUAACAUUCACACUUGUCCUAACUUAAACUUAUAUUCUGAUCGAUCCUGGAUGUACCAGGGUAAAUCUAGCAAGAAACAUCGGUACAUCAGAGGACCAGCCACACCUGCCCCGCCUGUAGAGUCGGUUUUUAGUGAGGAUAACUAUAAACAGGGUAGUUCCUAG